GCGAGUGUUUUUCAAUUUUAAAAUUAGGAGCAACAAAACUGUCUUUACAACACUGACUCUUUCAUAACUCACGUCAAAAUAAUUAUAUUCAACUUGACAUAACAAAAAUAUUUGUGUCAGCCUGAUAUUUAAUUAAAACACGAAUUAUUUAUUAAAUUGAAUUUGUUUAGAUGAUAUACAAUAUAUAUAUACGUGCUAACUACAAGGUAUAUAUAUGGUUUAUCAAAAAGAUUUUAUUAAAACGAGUGAACAUUAAUAACUAAUUUUCUGCUGCAGAAUUUAUAAAGUGUUUAAUCAUCGAUAAAAAAGUAUGGAAGUUUUAUAUUCAGUUCGUAAAAAGUGGAUGCCGGCAAAUGUUUCUCCUCUACUAAAUUGCAUAUCGAUCUCAAAACUUUCUUCAAAAAAUAUAUUAGCCUUUACAAGUCAACAUGAUUUGCAAGCAACGUCAGAAAGUAACAUUAAUAAAUCGAUAAACAAUCAAAUGAUUAGUGGUUCCAUUGUCUACGUCUGUGAUAUUACCGCACCAUUUUAUGUAUUUCGAGUUACAGAGACGAGGAAAACAACAAUAACAGUAUUAGAGUGGGAUGUAGCUAGCAAAAAUUUAUUAUUGGGUGAUUCAGAAGGUAAUAUUCAAAUUUGGACUCAAAAAACUAAUUUAUUAUCAGAAUGGCAUCAGGUUUAUGUCGUUAAGCUUCCAAGUGAGAAAAUUGUUAAAGCUGCAUUCUUUCAUAAUGGUAGAAAAUUAAAUUUUGCAUCUGAAAAACGGGACAUGGUUUAUUACAUGGAAAAAUUUCAACGUGCUAAGUUUUCACCUAGUGUAAGGCAAUUUGGUGGUGUUGCCGCAGAAGGCUGUAUAGUGAUAACAUCAACAGGAUUGAUAGGUGCCUUUCUACUUCCUGGCCAGUGUAUUAGUCCAACAAAUCACCAAUCUCAACAACAACAGCAAAAUGUUUUUCAAGGACCUGUAAACAAUAUGCAAUUACCGAUAAUCUUAAAACCUGUAACACAAAGCUUAGGUUUGAUAAGAAGUCAUAUAACUACAGCAUCUAUAGCUUUUGGUACAAACGAUUAUUCAGAUGGACAUUUUCGUGUUGCUGUAGCUAAUUCGGAAACAAAUAAACAGAAUAUGCAACUGAUGGUACAAAGCUAUCGUGUCACUUUAAAGAUAAUUGAUCAUGGGAAUUUGUUGAUAAACAGUCAUGCUUUGCCAAGUUUCUUUUUACUAGAAGGAUCAGGAAGAGAUUUGCUGGAUAUGAAAAUAACGCAUUUAUGCUGGACUUCUUCGGAAGACAUAGAUUCAUUAAUAGUUGCUACAAAAACAAUGAAUGGGAGUUUCAUAGAACUCUGGUCUUUAGUAGAAAAAGUAACUCCAAUUCAUAAAUUAUUACAAACAAACAAAACUGAAAUUUACAAAACUGUUGCUUGGACAAACCAACACAGUUUUAGAUACCCUAGUUCCAUUGUAGUGGAUAUAGCUGUUUCAAAAAUUUUAUUUGAUAACUCGUAUAUAUUUCUGGCUAUGGAAGACAAUACGGUACAUAUAUUAACAAAAGAUUUAAAAAAAAUUACAAGUACAACAGUAACAACAAGUUACGCCUUUGAAAGCGGUUCAGGUACACCAAAGCCAAAAAUUCAAAGAGCUGGAGGUACAUUAAUGUCUAUGGAUGUGACAUUUUUUGGUCAUUUAUUAUUAGUAGUUGACAGCCAUAGUCAAAUUCAUGCAAUUCGUUUGCCACAACAUUAUCAUGAGCAAAACAGCAUAGUACUUUCUCAUUUGGUAUCUCUUUUUGAAUAUAGUAUUGUUAGUGGAAUAGAUGCCUCUGAUUUAUUAGUAUCAGUACGCUCAAAUUUACUUGAAAAUAUAAUUGAAAAAUUAACGGAAAAUUUUACUCGCCAAUCGUCAUCAAUACAACAAUAUUAUUACGUUAAUUUCUUAACAGUUAAAAUUAAUUUAUAUAGAAUGCAAAUCACUGGACAAUCGAAAGCAAAUGAUUUGACAAGUUUACUAAUGCUUCAUUCAAUUUUAAUAGCAUUCAAAAGCUUACUAAGACCCUCGGAUUUAAGUAGUCACGAUAAAGGACCGGCAGAAAAUUUGGCGAUGGUUUUAUCUGAUUCUCAGUUAGAUAUUGAUAAAGUUUUGACAAAUCUGCACGCUAAAGAUUUUACGGUGGAAUCAUUUACUGUUCAGAGUUUACAACAACUCAUUCAAUGGGUGUCAGAUCUAGCUUUAAAUAUUUUGGCGAAGUUGCCACAGAAUUAUAAUCAAGGACCUUCUAGUAAAAAUUGUGGUUAUGAUAUUAGCAAAGACAUUGUCGCGUUAAAUAGCAUUCGAGAGCUCCUUGUAAUGAUUCGUAUUUGGGGGCUUUUAAACUCGCAGUGUUUACCAGUAUUUUCGCGAUCUGUGGAAAACUUGGACAUUCUCUCUACCCUGUUUAGGUUAUUAACCCGUCUCGCAUUGAAUCCAUCUGAACCCGAUGAAGUUCUUUUAGAUGAAUGCUGCUUGCUGCCAAGUCAAGUUCUUAUACCUCAAAUACAGCAUAAUUCUCCAAUCGUUUCCAUUUCAUCUCCUGUGUUACAUUUGAAUAGUUUGCCUUUGCUAUUGUUCUACAAUAUUGAACCAGACUUUUUAACUUUCCAUCAAGAUAUACAACCAAUAGAAGGUGGUUUGGUAAACGACGGUUAUAUUGACAGUGUUCGUAAUUUGUGGUUAGGUAAAAAACCAUCAACUUUGCGUAAAUGCUUGCGCUGUGGAGCUUGCAGUAUAUUUGGGAGUGUUGCUAAAACCGCUGCUAUGAAGGCGUGGGAGCAAAGAUGGGUGAACAAUUGCCGUUGUGGUGGAUAUUGGAUAUUACAAAAAUCUGCAAAAACAUAAAACUUUAACAAUUAUGAAGAAAACUAAAACGUGAAAUAUUUUAUAUACGAAAUUUU